AUGAGGGUGGCAGUUGUUGCAGUGGGAAUUAGUGGGUUAGUAUCAGCGCACGUUUUGGCUAAAGCUGGAUUGGAGGUGGUAUUAUAUGAGAUGGACAAUUGCCUUGACAGUGCCUCAAAAACCAUCUCUGUGAACGGUGUUGAAUUAGACAUUGGUUUCAUGCCCUUCAACCAGGUCACAUAUCCAAACAUGAUGGAGUUCUUUACGAAACUUGGAGUUCAUAUGGAGAAUUCUGAUAAUUCGUUCUCGGUGAGCUUAGCUGAAGGCAAUGGCUAUGAAUGGGGCAAUCGAAACGGUUUAUCAACUCUGUUUUCACAAAAAGGGAACAUGAUAAAUCCUUACUUCAUCAAGAUGUUAUGGGAAAUGACCAAGUUUAAAAAUGAUGUUUUGAGGUACCUUGAAGAGUUUCACAACAACCAAGAUACCAGUCACAACGACACCUUGUCGGAUUUCAUCAAGUCACAUGGUUAUUCAGAGUUAUUUCAAAAGGCUUAUCUUGUUCCAAUAUGCUCUUCCUUGUGGUCGUGCCCUGCACACGUAGUUAUGAGGUUAUCUGCUUUUUCUGCUCUCUCAUAUUUCCACAAUCACCAUCUAUUUCAGAUUUUCAAUGGCCCUCAAUGGUAUACCGUUAGGGGUGGGUCACAGACCUACAUCAAAAAGAUCAAAGAAGAAUUGUCGUCUAGCGGCUGUCAAAUAAGGACAGGGUGUGCCAUUAAAUCCGUCUCAAAACAUGAUGAUGGUUGUUUACUUCUAUGUGAGGAUGGCUCUGAAGAAAGGUUUUAUGGAUGCAUAAUAGACGCAGAUACCCAUGAAACUCUGAGAUUGUUGGGGGAAGAAGCUACAAAUGCAGAAAGAAGAAUAUUUGGGGCUUUUAAUUAUGUAUACAGUGACGUUUUUCUACACAAUGACAAAAGUCUAAUGCCUCGAAACCGAACAACAUGGAGUGCACUGAAUUUUCUUGGAACCAAGGAUAACAAAGUCUGCUUAACGUAUUGGUUAAAUGUGCUCCAGAACCUUGAUGACAAUGAGCUACCUUUUCUAGUCACUCUAAAUCCUUCUGAAACACCAAAAAGUACAUUGCAUAAAUGGUCACUAGGACUGUCAAUUCCAUCAGUUGCAGCAACAAAGGCUGUUCUUGAGCUUGAUUACAUCCAAGGGAAGCGAAAAAUUUGGUUUUGUGGAGGAUACCAAGGUUACGGGAUCCUCGAGGAUGGUGUGAAGGCAGGCAUGGUUGCGGCAAAUGGCAUUCUUAAAAAGAGUUGUGAAAUUCUCAACAACCCGAAAACUAUGCUACCAUCUUUGAUGGAAGUUGGUGCGAGGUCACUUGUUGUUGGGUUCCUUCAAGACUUUAUUGCUAUUGGCACUUUAAUUUUAUUGGAAGAAGGUGGUGUAACUUUCACAUUUGAAGGAACAAGAAAGAAGAAUCCUUUAAAAGUUUAUCUGAAAAUUCAAAAUCCUCGAUUUUAUUGGAAGCUUGCUACAGAAGCUGACUUAGGUCUAGCUGGCGCAUACAUUAAUGGGGACUUCUCCUUUGUUGAUAAAACAGAAGGCCUAUUAAACAUGAUUAUGAUUUUCAUUGUAAACAAUGAAUUAAAAAAUUAUUCCUCAAGGUCUAACAAAAGAGGUUGGUGGACGCCAGUGCUUUUAACAUCGAUAAUAGGAUCGGCAAAGUAUUUCUUUCAUCAUGUUUUGAUGCAGAACUCUGUUACUCAAGCACGUAGGAACAUAUCUCAUCACUAUGAUUUGAGUAAUGAGUUCUUUUCCCUCUUCCUUGACGAGACUAUGUCAUACUCCUGUGCGUUAUUCAAGAGCGCGGAUGAAGACUUCAAAGCUGCACAAAUGAGAAAAAUAUCUUCGUUGAUUCAAAAGGCAAGAGUUGAUAAGGACCACCAAGUUCUUGAUAUAGGAUGUGGUUGGGGAACUUUAGCUAUUGAAAUAGUGAAACAAACUGGAUGUAAAUACACAGGCAUCACCCUCUCUGAAGAGCAACUCAAAUAUGCAGAAACUAAAGUGAAGGAAGCUGGCCUAGAGGACAAAAUCAAAUUUCUACUAUGUGACUACAGGCAAUUGCCUGACACUUCCAAAUAUGACAGAAUUAUAUCCUGUGAAAUGAUAGAACAUGUCGGCCAUGAAUAUUAUGAAGAGUUUUUUAGAUGUUGUGAAUCAGUAUUGGCAGAGGAUGGGAUUUUUGUCCUGCAGUUCAUUUCAGUUCAAGAUGCAAGAUAUGAUGAGUUACGACGGACCCCAGGAUUCAUUAGAGAAUACAUAUUUCCGGGAGGGUGCAUACCUUCACUUACUAGAUUAACAUCAGCCAUGGCUGCAUCCUCUAGACUUUGUGUGGAGCAUGUGGAGAACAUAGGAGCACAUUAUUAUCAAACACUCAGACACUGGAGGAAAAACUUAAUGCAAAACCAAAGCAAAAUACUUGCGUUGGGCUUCAACCAAGAAUUCAUCCGUACAUUCGAGUGCUAUUUUGAUUUUGCAGCUGCUGGCUUUAAGACCAAGACACUUGGGAACUACCAGGUUGUGUUCUCAAGACCGGGAAACGUUACCACAUUUGGAGAUCCUUACAAGGAUGUUUUUUCAGCUUAUUGA